GAGGGCAACUCAUGAAGCUUCCGCUUUCUCAACUAGAGGCAUUUACUUUAAACCACCCAUCAGGCUGGACUUAGUUCUGAAGCGUCUUAAGCAGUGACUUGUUUUACUUGGAUAAAGCCAUGAAUCCUUCGUAUGCACUUCUGGAUCUACCCGUGAAUGAGUGCAAGACUCUUGACGAAGACGGAGUGCUUUAUACUUUUAAAAAGGCCGAUCAUGCCAAAAUUUUGUUGAAGAACCUCGCCUUGAUGCAAGCAAAUGAAGGACUUUUGACAGACGUGGUCCUGCGCUCUACGUCCAAAGAUUACGAGGAGCCCCUUCAUUCCAUUCUGCUUGCUGCCUGCAGUCCUACCCUUAAACAGAAUCUUACAGGAAGGUACUUUGAUUUCACCGGUGGCAAACUCUCUUUGAAGGGAUUGAACAGAGAUAUACUUAUUGCCUUUCGUGAUUUCAUUUACAAAGCAGAGUUCCCAUCACGUCAAGAACUGGUAGAUGGCCUUCGAAAGGUUGCUGCAACAUAUGGAAUCGACUCUCUGAAAAAGCUUUGCGACCGUAACAGCAAUGAACAAAUGUCGGUGUUGUGGAAUAGUCACCGUGAAGAUCUGCUUUCGCAACUGUACGAAAUGUACCAAAAGUCUGAAUUGACCUCCUGUUUGUUAGACGAUGGCAAUGGUAUAACACAGGCAGUCCAUGCACCAGUUGUCGCAGCAGCAUCGCCAGUGUUGCGGAAAAUUUUGACAAAUGAUCUGUUCUCAUCAGAAGAGACAAGAUAUCGUCUAAAGGAGAUUGCGCCAGACGUCUUGGAGGAUCUUGUGAAGUACAUAUAUACAGGUAAUGUUGCAGUGAACGGAGAAAACGUGGCUGGUCUUCUCAAAGCUGGAUGUGGUUAUGAGAUUCCCGCACUUGCAAGAGCCUGCUGCGAUUGGCUGAGUCUAAAGAUGGAUUGCUUUAAUGCAGUCAAUAUCCUGUGGCUGGCACGUGAGGAGAAUUGCAAAGAAACCAAGGUUCUUCAAGAAGAGGCCAAAAAUUUCAUAAUUGGUAACUUUACAAGCGUUAGUGAAGAAGACGAGUUCGUCGAGCUUGAGUACGAAGAUCUGAAAGCGAUCAUACAGUUCGACGAUCUUAAUGUGAAUUGUGAAGAAGAAGUCUUUAACGCGGUUGCCAAAUGGGUUAGUGCUGAGGAUGAGCGCAUACGUUACCUACCAGCGUUGCUGAAGUGCAUUCGACUGGAGAAUACAAGUCCCGAGUUCCUUCGAAGUCUUCUGCAGCAUCCUCUUAUAAUGAAGAGUGCUACGUGCGUUGAAUAUGUUCAAAAUGCUCUUGAAAGUCAAGCCUCGUUUCAUUUGCAAGAAGACACAACCCCAACUGAAACCUUCAACGAGUCUGAGCAAGACUCCUACCCUAAUCAAUACGACUUUGAAGACGCUAUUGCCAGAGACCUGACACCAGAAUUUCUGUCGUCGGAGUUGGAGCUUCCUAAGUCAGACGCUAUUGCUAAAGACCCGACACCAGAAUUUUUGACGUCGAAGUUGGAGCUGCCCGAGUCAAAGAUACCAGCCGUGCAGACGCCAAGGAGGGGUCAAAGGAAGAAUGGAACUCCUGACAUGAGGUUUAAAGAGAACAGGCGGUUGUUAGGCCUGCAGAAUAAAGACCACUCUCCCGAUAGGCGGUUUAAAGUUAACAAACGAGGCCUCAACCUCCCGUUGAAAAAGGAUGGCACUGCAGACAUGAGGUCCAAAAUAAACCGUCAAUCCCUGGGCAGAGAUGACGAGGGGCGACCACUGACAAAGGCAGGUACGCCAGAUAGAAGAUUCAAAGUAACAAGAGAUAAGGAGGCCACGGUGAAAUCUUCUUUAAACAGUGGCAGUACACCAAGCACUGGCCCUGUCAAGAAAGAUGGUACGCCUGACAUGCGUUACACUGUUAACAAACACCCCAACAGCCUGCUGACCUCAUCAAAAACAAGAUCAGCGAGUGCUCAGGUGAAUAGUUCCUCGCGUGUUGGUGGACCAUUAAAGAAAGACGGAACUCCUGACAUGAGAUAUGCAGUCAACAAACAGUCUUCCUCUCCCUCCCCUUCCAGCAGCUAUGUAUCAUAUAGAGGUUCAAGUGGCCCACUGAAGAGAGAUGGAACUCCCGACAUGAGGUAUGCAGUCAACAAACAGUAUACCUCUCCGUCUCCCUCAAGCAGCUACAGAGGAAGUUCGUCACAGCUGUCAUCAUAUAGCAGUCUGAGUAGGCCAUGUAAGAGAGACGGAACUCCAGACAUGAGGUAUGCCGUUAACAAGGCGUUCAAUGGCAGCAGUCCUGCAUCCUCUGGCUAUUCCUCUGGUGGGUCCAUCUACAGUUCGAGAUCAUCUCUCAGUGGAAAUGGAAGUGGGUCGAGUUCACGCGGUCCACUCAAACGCGAUGGUACUCCAGACAUGAGGUACGCAGUAAACAAGUCGUUUUAUGGUAGUUCACAGUCGGUUGGAUCUUCUUUUGGGGGAUCAAGCUACAGUUCCAGGCCAUCUUCCAGUGGAGGAGCCUCCCGAUCCAGCUCCUGUGGUCCCUUAAAGAAGGAUGGUACCCCAGAUAUGCGAUAUAAAGCUAACUGGCGGUAAAAAACUCCAAGUGCGAGAGGUAUCAGACUAUUUUUUUAGCCCAAUAUUUCCUUUGUCAUUUCGUGAUGAUUCUAUGAUAAGUGGAUUAAGAUCUCAUUGUUCUGGUUCUUCGUGUCAGAUCUCAGGCGGGUAGAAAAUUUCAAUUAGGUGCGAGUUGUUCGAAGCAUGAUGAACAGUAAUCCAUAACCAACAUCUUUGGCAAAGAGUCCUCGAACAUCAUGGCUUUGUCGUCUAUGCUCUGUUUAACUUUUUUUUUAAAUAAAUGGAUUUUCUUUCCUGAACGCAAACGAAAAAAAUCUGCAUAUCGAUUUCUGCAAUAAGCCUGAAUGCAGCCUGCAAUCAUUAGCCAGCCAUAACAGUGAUGAUUUAAAUACAAAACCGCUUAACACUGAGACAUAGCUAGUUACCUACACAGUUAGGUGAAGCCUGAAGUAUGCGCCUUAAUCUCGUCACGUUAACCACAUACCACCCAUAUGAUAGCUAGAGUAAGCGCCAUUGUAUAUCAAGCUGGGUACUCUUGUGUGCAGAACAGGAAUUCUUUUGAUAGCUACACGUUCAAUGCUAACAGUUAUCUUAUUGAACAUCGGUUAUCUUAUCACUCAUGUGUGUUGAAGUACUUGCGCUGCAAGUACUUUGUCGAUAGAGCAGUUUUUAAUUCAGUGUCGAAAAUCAUCCGGGAUUGCUUUGAUUUUACUUAAAUUUACUCUGUGGUUGGUCCAGAAAACUCACACUUUUCUCUCAACAAAUCAGAUGAAAACUUAGAACAAGCGCAAUUUGGUCACUCGCGUUUUCCCGCGCCUCUAGCAGUUUGCUUUUUUUCACUUUGAGUUCUUAUUGGCUAAGGGCAAUAUGCACCUUUGUUAUGAUUGGUCGCUUUGAUUACUCUGGUUUUGGUUUAUCGACUCUCAAUU